UCCGUCUCAGGUUCAGUUGCAGGAUUCUCAGAGGUCAGUACAGGGAAGGAUCAGGAUUAGAGAGAAGGAGCUGGAAGAGUUUCGACAGAGCAUAGAAGCCGUCAAGGCAUCAGCUGCAUUAGUCCUGGAGGACAGCAAUACCCUGUUUGUGGACCUGGCCCUCCGUCUGGAGAGGACCAGGGGGGAGGUGAGGGCCAGGCUGGAAGCCCGGGAGAGAACUGUCCUGGGCAGGGCAGAGAGAGAGCUGGAGACCCUGGAGGAUGAACUGGAGGAGCUGCGGAGGAGAGACAAGGAAAUGGGCCAGCUACUGACGAGGGAUAAUGCUCAGUUCUUACAGGAGGCUCCCCUGCUGUGUGUCCUCCCACCCACUGGGCGGCGCCCACGAGCCCCUCUCAUCCUCCCCGCAGAAGGCUUCAGUGCAGCCCGCAGAGCUCUGUUCCACCUCAGGGCCCGCAUGGAGGAACUCUGUAGAGAGGAAGUGGACAAGAUCAACCACGCAGUGAACGAGAGCUCCUCUGCCUGUCACAUGUCUGGUGGAGAGUGUUUGAAAGCAGUGCCUGCAUCGUUUCCUCUCUCCCCCCUCUCUCUCCAGCCUUCGGACCAGAGGAUGAGAGUAUCCUUCCUCAGGUGCUCCUGUCGUCUGUCCCUGGAUCCAGACACGGCCCACCCCACCCUGUUCCUCUUGGAGGGUCCCCAGGGGGCUCACUGUGGAGAGGAGCCCCAGUCCUACCCCCUCCACCCCUUGCGCUUCGACUCCGUGGCCCAGGUCCUCUGUAGGGAGGGCCAGUUUGGAGGGGCCAGCUACUGGGAGGUGGAGUGGAGGGGAGGAGGGUGGGUGGACAUUGGGGUGACAUACAAAGGGAUCGGACGAAAAGGAGGUGGAAAACCCUGUCUGCUGGGACGCAACGAGAACUCAUGGCGUCUGAGAUGCACGCACGCCGGUUACGCCGCGUGGCACGAUAACCGGAAGACGACCGUAGCUGCGCCCCUGUGCCCGCGGAUCGGCGUGUUUCUGGAACACCAGAAGGGAGCGUUGUCCUUCUAUAGUGUGGCGUCGGACGCCGUUUCCCUGCUCCACACGUUCAGGUGUCCGUUCUCUCAGCCACUGUACCCAGCGUUUCGGUUAGACCUGGACUCCACACUGUUGAUAUGUCCACAUGAAACACACAACGGGAACUAACCUCUAACCUCUUCCCACCUGUUUCUGGAUCUCUUAUUUUGACCCAAUGGGAACUCUUCCUGCGUACUGCCGAACAAAUACCAUUGAUUACAUGUAAACACAAAUGUGUUUUUCUGCCCCAGAAAGGACCCAACAUGAACCCUGCUCUUUACUGCUCCCUGACCUCUCUCUUUCUGAACACCUUCUCUUCACCCAAUGGGAACCCAUCCUAGACCCCAAACCUAACUCUGCUGCCCUCUCUCUUUCUGAACACCUUCUCUUCACCCAAUGGGAACCCAUCCUAGACCCCAAACCUAACUCUGCUGCCCUCUCUCUUUCUGAACACCUUCUCUUCACCCAAUGGGAACCCAUCCUAGACCCCAAACCUAACUCUGCUGCCCUCUCUCUUUCUGAACACCUUCUCUUCACCCAAUGGGAACCCAUCCUAGACCCCAAACCUAACUCUGCUGCCCUCUCUCUUUCUGAACACCUUCUCUUCACCCAAUGGGAACCCAUCCUAGACCCCAAACCUAACUCUGCUGCCCUCUCUCUUUCUGAACACCUUCUCUUCACCCAAUGGGAACCCAUCCUAGAC